AUGGCGUCUUGGACUUCAUCUGAGUUUCUCUAUGUAGAGAUAAAACCACCAGGUAUACAUUUCCUGGAACGUUUUAAGCGUUCAGGGAAACUCUCUUUCAAGCAAUAUCAAGCAAUGGUCUUUGUCUUGACCUUCAUCGCCUAUAUUGCCUUCCACGCAACUCGAAAGCCUAACAGCAUCGUCAAAGGAACGCUCUCAAAACCAUCAACGGGACACUUCAAGGCCACGGACCAAGGCGGAUGGGCUCCUUUCGAUGGUCCGGACGGUACAGCUUUGCUUGGACAGAUCGAUUUGGCUUUCCUCUCCGUUUACGCCGUUGGAAUGUUCGUCGCGGGUCAUUUAGGGGAUCGUUUGGACCUCAGGACGUUUCUGACGAUAGGUAUGAUCGGGACAGGAGUGUUCACCGCUCUGUUUGGUGUUGCCUUUUGGGCCAAUAUCCAUAGUUUCUACUAUUUCUUAGCCAUCCAGACAUUAGCAGGAUGGUUUCAGUCUAUCGGAUGGCCUUGUGUGGUUGCGGUUUUGGGGAAUUGGUUCGAUAAGAAGAGGAGAGGUGUGAUCAUGGGUGUGUGGAGUGCUCACACAUCAAUAGGGAACAUCAUUGGGUCUUUGAUAGCAACCGGACUCUUGAAAUUCGGUUGGGGAUGGUCUUUUGUUGGUCCGGCUCUUCUCAUCACGUUUCUUGGCGUUGUGGUUUACAUGUUCUUGCCUGUGAACCCUCCCGCUGUUGACGCUGAGAGAAAUGGAACUGAAGUUGAUUCCACAAUGAUACUCGGUGACACCAUUACUGAGAGCUUCUUGAGCUCUAGGAUGAGUACUGGAUUCGACAGAAGAGCUGUUGGGUUCUUAGCCGCUUGGAAGAUCCCUGGAGUUGCUCCUUUUGCCUUCUGCCUCUUCUUUACCAAAUUGGUCUCUUACACUUUCCUCUAUUGGCUUCCUUUCUAUGUGAGCCAGACUGAGAUAGGAGGAGAGCACUUGUCACAAGAGACAUCGGGAAACUUGUCGACGCUCUUCGAUGUUGGAGGCGUGGUUGGAGGAAUCUUAGCCGGAUACUUCUCUGAUCAGCUCGACGGGAGAGCAAUCACAGCCGGAGGAUUCAUCUACUUGACGAUCCCAGCUCUGUUCCUCUACAGAACCUACGGUCAUGUCUCGAUGACAAUCAAUAUCAUCCUCAUGUUCACGGCUGGAGUGUUCGUUAAUGGACCUUACGCUCUGAUCACAACCGCGGUUGCAGCUGAUCUCGGUACUCACAAGUCGCUUAAAGGCAAUGCGAGGGCUUUGGCUACAGUCACAGCUAUUAUAGAUGGAACAGGAUCAGUUGGUGCAGCCAUUGGACCUGUUCUUACGGGUUACAUCGCUGCGAUUAGUUGGGAUGCUGUGUUUUACAUGUUGAUGACUGCUGCGUUGAUCUCUGGACUGUUGCUUACUCAGCUUAUUAUAACAGAAGUGAAAACUUUGUUGUAUGGAUCAUCUGAAGUUGAUGAAGUUGCUGCUUCUUCUGAACCAAGACCUCCCAUUGAUGUCCUCAUAUGA